GAAAAGGAAGAGAGAAGAACCGUUGCUCACCGUCAUUAUAGCUUUAAGAAACCCGCCGCGUUAGCGCAGGUUGGUAGCAGCUAGCUUCGUGCUUGCAUGCUUAAUUUCAAUAAGUUUUAGUAUUUCCUUAUGCGUUUUAAAAGUAACGUGUUGGCGCUUGUUCUUUGUCAGUAACUUGAAUACUUGCUAGCUAACAAAUUAUUAGCUAAAUCCAUUGCCUCGUUUUUAUCGCCAUUUUGCGCAUUCAACAGCACAAGACUUUCGCCAGCAGCAAGUUAGUCGAUUUUGCGGCAUGGCAGAAGCAGACCGACCGGGGAAGCUCUUUAUCGGUGGGCUGAACACAGAGACCACCGAGAAGGCCUUGGAGCAGUACUUCAGCAAAUAUGGCAGGAUUGUCGAAGUUCUUCUGAUGAAGGACCGGGAAACAAACAAAUCCAGAGGGUUUGCAUUUGUUACUUUCGAAAGUCCCGCUGACGCAAAGGAUGCAGCGCGUGAGAUGAAUGGGAAGUCCCUUGAUGGAAAGCCUAUUAAAGUGGAGCAAGCUACAAAGCCUCAGUUUGAGAGUGCUGGCAGACGAGGACCUCCACCCAUGCACUCCCGCAGUCGUGGUCCACCCAGAGGUCCGCGUGGCUCCAGAGGUGGCCCUGGUGGCAUGAGGGGCCCCCCAUCCAGAGAUUACUAUGAUAAUUCAGGGAGUGUAGAACCCUUCUUUAAAGGGAUGUCAUCCAGAGGUCCCCCUCCAAUGAAGCGGGGACCCCCAGUUCGUAAUGGAGGUCCCCCACCCAAGAGGUCCGCCCCAUCUGGUCCCAUGAGCAGACCACCCAUGUCAAGGGACAGGGAUCCUUAUGGUCCACCUCCACCUCGCAGAGACUCCAUGAUGUCCAGGAGAGAUGAUUAUACGUCACCAAGAGAUGACCAUUACAACUCUAAAGACAGCUACUCCAGUCGAGAUUAUAAUUCCAGAGAUUCGAGGGACUAUGGACCUCCUCCCAGAGAUUACUCGUACAGGGAAUAUUCUAACUCCAGUUCCCGAGAUGAUUAUGGCUCAAUGUCAAGAGGAUACAGUGACCGAGAUGGUUAUGGAGGAGGCCGGGAACCAAGAAGCUACAUGGAUCGUCCAAGUGGUGGCUCUUACCGAGAUUCAUAUGAUGGUUACGGUAACUCUCGCAGCGCCCCACCCUCACGGGGCCCCCCACCAUCCUAUGGUGGGAGCAGUGGAAGCAGUCGUUACGAUGACUAUGGAAGCAGUUCCCGGGAUGGCUAUGGCAGUCGUGACAGUUAUCCCAGCAGUCGGAGUGACCCAUAUCCCCCUAGCCGUGGUGAGCGAAUGGGCAGGCAGGAAAGGGGCCCAGCUCCCCCUGCCGAGAGAGGCUACCCUCCUCGUGACUCGUACAGCAGCUCAAGUCGUGGAGGGCCACGUGGUGGCCGUGGUGGCAAUCGAGCCGAUAGGGGAAUGGCUCGCAGCAGAUACUGAACUGGACUUGGAAGUCACAUUAAAGCAAACGUUGGUCUCCGUGCACACUUAACACGUGUUUUGGAAGAAAUCUGACUACAAGACAAAGUAGCCAUGUCUAAAUCUGUGAAAUAUAAAGCUUAGCUUUGACCUGUAUCUUGACUUUCCCAGUUUUUUAUGUGUAAAAGAUUUUGUUUUUUUAGUAUUUCUCUUGCUCAUGUCACAAUACAGUUACCAAGUGAGUGUUAGUUUUUGUACAUUCAGUGCUGUUGGAAUCUGAAUGCCCUAUGCCCUGGCUUUCCUACUCUAAUAAAGGUUUUAGUUGUACCUUGA